AUGUCGUCUGCCAUAGAGAGGAAGACGCUGGAGGCCAAUGAAGAGCCAGUGGACGAGGUGCUGCAGAUGCCCCCCUCUCUCCUGACCUGUGGGGGGUGCCAGCAGAGCAUUGGGGACCGCUUCUUCCUGAAGGCCAUAGAGCAGUACUGGCACGAGGACUGCCUCAGCUGUGACCUGUGCGGCUGUCGGCUCGGGGAGGUGGGCCGUAGACUCUACUACAAACUGGGGAGGAAACUCUGCCGGAGGGACUACCUGAGACUCUUCGGGCAGGACGGACUCUGUGCUUCCUGUGAAAAGCGGAUCCGAGCCUUCGAGAUGACCAUGAGAGUGCGGGACAAAGUGUACCACCUGGAGUGUUUCAAAUGUGCUGCCUGCCAAAAGCACUUCUGCGUGGGCGACCGCUACCUGCUCAUCAACUCGGACAUAGUGUGUGAGCAGGACAUCUAUGAGUGGACUAAACUCAACGGGAACCACAUGGUCUAG